UGGAAGCGAGAGAGGAGCUCGCGCUCAGACACAGGCGAUAAACAUGAGACGCGGACGCUCGGGACAGUGUGCGCGCCGCCGCGGAGCCAUUUACUCCGGCAUGUUCGGUUCGGUCCGCUGUCCGCAGUAGAGACGCGCCAUCCGCUUCGCUUUCCGCGCGAGGAGAAGAGAGGAAGCCGCGAGAGAAGCGCGCGGCGCACGCACGGCGGCGCUCCGGUGCGCUGAAAACAGGAAGAAAUUUCCCGAUCUUGCGAGGGAAAAAGGAAAAGAAAAGAGAAAGAAAGAGGGACGCACGAGUGCAAGGAAGGAGAGAAAGUUUCCCCAGAAGUGGGAAACGUUCAAGGAGCAAAACUUUUACCGUUGACUGUGUUGUGUAGCGCUUUCACGAUGCACUUUCUCUGCGCUGUGGAAUAGUUGGUGUUUUCCUUCCCUUUUCUGGAAUUGCUCUCUUGUCUUUUAUUUUUAAUAAUCGUUCUUUUUUGUGUGGCUUUCGCAAGAACAACAUCAAGAGCAACUUUUUUUUUUUUUUUUUUUGCGAAAGGAAAAUAUAACGCUGUACUAGACAAAGCCAGGCACCACUCUUGGACCCAUACCUUUUCGGACCGCUGUGCUUUUACGUUUGUUAUUUAACCAGCUGUGUGUGGUGGUCGGACCUGGGGGGGGGGGCGGGUGUUAAUUUACAGUCCCGACUGGGGGUCCUCCGUCGGUCCAGGUUCUGAGGUUGGAUUAUAUUUACACGCAUUCAUACAGAUAUAUACAUACGUAUACAAUAUUGCUCUUUUCCUACAUGGCCUCCUCCAGGAUGUACCUUCUCGCACUGAAAUGCAUCGUGAUCUCGCAGCUCGCCGUGCUCAUGGCCAAGGGCAGCCGCGCUCUGCUCUGCCUGCCGUGCGAUGAGUCCAAGUGCGAGGAGCCGAGGCACUGCAGGGGCGCCGUGGUGCUCGGCGUGUGCGGCUGCUGCUCCGUGUGCGCCAAGCAGAGGAACGAGAGCUGCGGCGGAGUCUACGGGCUGUACGGGACGUGCGAUCGCGGGCUGCGCUGCGUCAUCCGACCGGCGCUCGGCGGAGUCUCCGUCACGCAGUACGAGGUCGGCGUCUGCGAAGAUGAGAACUGGGAUGAUGACCAGCUUUUGGGCUUUGAGCCCUGCAAUGAAAACCUCAUCACGGGCUGCAACAUCAUCGACGGGAAGUGCGAGUGCGACAGCCUGCGGACGUGCAGCAACCCUUUCGAGUUCCCCAGCCAGGGGGCCUGUCAGGCUGCGCUCAAGAAGAUCGAAGAGGAGAAGCCGGACUGCUCCUCAGUGCGCUGCGAGGUCCAGUUCUCACCCCGCUGUCCUGAGGACUCCGUGCUGAUCGAAGGCUACGCCCCCCCGGGUGAAUGUUGCCCGCUGCCCAGCCGCUGCGUUUGCAGUCCAGCCGGCUGCCUGCGCAAAGUGUGCCAGCCGGGUUACCUCAACAUCCUGGUGUCCAAGGGUUCGGGGAAGCCCGGCGAGUGUUGCGACCUGUACGAAUGCAAGCCAGUUUUCAGCGUGGACUGUAGAACGGUGGAGUGUCCGCCAGUCCAACAAGUUCAGUGCCCCCCUGACAGCUAUGAGACCCAGGUCCGCCUCACCGCAGAUGGCUGCUGUACCCUGCCAACCAGAUGUGAAUGUUUACCUGGCCUGUGUGGCUUCCCCCAGUGCUCCGCAGGAAGCGUUCCCCGUGUCAUUUCCCGCGGCGACGGCUCUCCGGGGAGGUGCUGCGACGUCUUUGAGUGCGUCAACGAGACUAAGCCGCCAUGCUCCUUCAAUGGGGUGGAGUACCGAGAUGGAGACAUGUUCCGGAUGGACGCCUGCCGCUUCUGCCGCUGCCAGGGCGGAGUGUCCGUCUGCUUCCAGGCACAAUGUGGUGUCCUCCACUGCCAGCGCUACUACGUUCCCGAAGGAGAGUGCUGUCCCGUCUGUGAAGACACCAGCUACCCGGCUCUGAAUUAUGCCGGAUGCUUUGUCAACGGUCAGAUCUUAGCUCACGGCGACCACUGGCGUGAGGACGACUGCACAUUCUGCCAGUGUGUGAGCGGGGAGGCACGGUGCGUGGCAGCUGCCUGCGGACACAGCUGUGUUAACCCCGUCACCGUGCCUGGGGAGUGCUGCCCUGUCUGCGAAGAGCCCACCUACAUCACCAUGGCUCCCCCUGCUUGUGACUCCAUGAAAAACUGCAGCCUAACAGAGCAGGACUGUAUCUACGGCUUCAAACGAGACCAGGACAACUGCCGCAUCUGCCAGUGCAAGACACGAGAGGAGUUGUGCAGGGGCCUCAUGGCGGACUGCACCCUCGACUGCCCCUUUGGUUUCCAAACCGACGUCCACGGAUGCGGAGUAUGUCAGUGUCGACCGAGGCCCAAAAAGUGCAAACCCGUGUCCUGCGACAAGGAAUGCCCCUUUGGCUUCAUAAAGAACAAGCAUGGCUGUGAAGUGUGCCGCUGCAGGAAGUGCCCAGAGGUGCCAUGCGACAAGUCCUGUCCAUUUGGCUUCCAGCUUGACCGGCUGGGCUGCCUCACCUGCCAGUGCAAAGACCAAAGCACUUCAUCUGCGGAACCCUCAGUGAAACUGGGCUCCUGCUUGUCCAUGGAUGGCCGUCGGCACGACAACGGUGACAACUGGCAUGACGGCUGUCGGGACUGCUACUGCCACAAUGGCAGGGAGAUGUGCGCUCUGAUUUCGUGCCCUGUGCCCGUCUGCGCCAACCCUACCAUUCGACCUGGCCAGUGCUGCCCGUCUUGUGCAGAUGACCCCAGCUCCCACAAGCCUGAGCUCAGCGAGGCAUCCGUGUGCCUGGCCCCCAGCGGGGAGUACUUUGUGGAGGGUGAAACUUGGAACAUCGACUCAUGCACGCAGUGCACAUGCCACAGCGGCAGGGUGCUGUGUGAGACGGAGGUUUGCCCACCCCUGCUAUGCCACAGUCCCAUCAGGACACAGGACUCCUGCUGUCCACAUUGCCCAGAUGAGCCCCUCACUCCACAGGCCCCCAGCAAUGACAGCAUGCCCAGCUACUGCCGCAAUGAGGAGGGUGACAUCUUCCUGGCAGCUGAGUCCUGGAAGCCCAACAUGUGCUCCAGUUGCGUCUGCCUGGACGGCGUCAUCAGCUGCUUCUCCGAGUCCUGCCCGGUGGUGGGCUGCGCGAGGCCUGUGCUGCGCAAGGGCCAGUGCUGCCCGUACUGCCUAGAGGACACGGUGCCAAGGGCGGUGUGCCACUUCAAUGGGAAGACAUACGCCGACGAGGAGCGCUGGGACAUCGACAGCUGCACGCAUUGCUACUGCCUGCAGGGCCAGACGCUGUGCUCCACCGUGAGCUGCCCCGCCCUGCCCUGCCACGAGCCCGUCUACGUGGAGGGCAGCUGCUGUCCCAUGUGCUCAGGUGUGUAUCCACCCACGAACAUACCCAUCGAGAAGACAGACCGUCGGGGAGAUUCGCAGGUGCACCAGUCAGCCUGGCCAACGAGGAGCGAGAAUGACAUCGUGCCCCAGUUCAGAGACUUCGGAAGCCUACAGAUGCCGUACUUGGAUGGCAAGGCACCGGUGCCCAGUGAAGAGGACACCUUCCACUCGGUGGCCUGGGUGGCGCUGCCCGUGCUCAUGAUGCUCGUUACUAUUGCUAUCCUGCUGCUCGUCAACCAGAAGAAGCAGUGGGUCCCCGUCCCCUGCUACCGGACCCCUACAAAGACCACCUGUCUGAACAACCAGCUGGUGUACGUGGACUGUCAGAAGGGGACCAAGGUGCAGGUGGACAGCUCCCAGCGCGUGCUGCGGAUCGCCGACCCUGACUCCAGGCACAGCGGCUACUACAGCAUGCAGAAGCAGAACAACCUGCAGGCGGACAACUUCUAUCAGACUGUGUGAGUGAGCCGCUGGCAGGUGUGGGUGCGGCGCAUAGCUAAUCGCGGCUGUAGAAGCUAAAGGACAUUGCCACCAAAAUAUCUCCCAAAAAAAAAAAAUUAAAAAAAAAAAAUAAAUAAUAAUAAUAAUAAUAACAAGUGUGACAGACUCCAAACGAAAGAAAACAAACUGACAAUCUUAUCAAGAAAUGCAACAUAGUAAACCAAACAGUCACGUUGUUUUGGCGGUUUUAACGAAAUGAGAUAAGCUGGUUUCUGACGUUUCCUGGAUGGAUUUUUCGUGUGUCUGUAUGUUUAUGAAGUUUUAAUGUACAGCUUUGGGAUUAGGACAAACUGGCUUUGGCAACAGUGCUAUUUUACUCCAUUCCUGCUUCCUUGAACUGACUUUGAAAAGAAAAACACAGAAAUUCUGAGUGAUGUUUCCUUCCCCCCCCCCCAUAACACCCCCCCCCCCCGAAGAGCACUGUAGCACCAAAGCGUACGCGUAGUCUAUGUGUCCGUAAGACCGAUGAGACUUGCUGGUGUCUGCCCUAUACUGUGGUAGGUGACGCUGCUGGACUCCUAUUACCGUACCCGAGACAGAGAGCAGAGUAAAGCGCCUGGACAGACGCAGCAGAAUUUGAGUGUCUCUCGCCUGGUCGUUCAUGGACACUUUCACUUCUCUUUUACUUUCCGGUAACACUUCGUCGACUAAGAGGACAAUAGGAAGAAACAACGCUAUUCCAUCACCAGAUGUUAACCUGGUUGCUUGCGGUUUAUUUUUUUUUUCUUUUAGUAGAUUUCUUCCGGCUAUUCACCUGUUUGUUUUUUGUUUUGCUCAAGUUUUCACAUUAAUAGGCUUCUAUAUUUAAAGGUAAGGGCAGACUUACAGUACAAUUCCUGAAAACCUUACAAUGUGUUAAAAGUCAAUAAAGGGUUAAAAACAGUAUAAAGUUAAUAUAAAUGUUCUGUGAUAGUUAUGGGUUGAAUUUUAAGCAUAUCUUUUCUCAGUACGCCUUUUUCCUUUGUUUCUGAGC